CAUAGCAAACGUUUGCAGAAAUCUUUUAUAGAAAAACAAAUGCGAAGAAGCGAAAUAAAAUAAAAUCAUAACGAGAUACGCGGCGGCCGAGAAGUCAGCUCACUUUCGGACAUCUAUUUGUUUGUGUCGUAUAUAAGGAUGGUUUUGUUGCUGGGACUGGAUUAUAACCGUGCGGCGCUUCGAGCGGUAAAAAUGGCCAAAAGUCAGCUGGCGCGGAAUAUCACAGUCAUGCACUCCUUGACGUUUCUCUGCAUGUUUUUAGGCUUUACUCAUGGUUCGGGUAAUGUCUACUUGCCAGCUGGAAAUGAACUGGCAACGGGCGGUAAACUGGCCACAGAGUACUUCACCUAUGCAGCUCCACCAGAAGAUGAUCAGACUGUUCCAUUACAAUCAGCCAGGCAAUUGGCCCAGGUGCUUUCUCCUCCACAACAAGUGGUUUUCAUCCGCACUCCCGAGACGAAUCUCUUCACACUGACGGCCAAACAACUGGCGGUCAAUAAUCCGCUGGACAUCUUUGUGCUCCAUCGCCAGGCGGAUGCAGAUGCUCUGGCCAAACAACAAGCUGCCAUUCAGCAGCAGGCAACUGAAAAACCAUCAGUGCACUUUGUGAAAUACAGAACUCCAGCGGAUGUAACCAGAGCUUUAAGUGCUCUGAGAAGCAACUACGAUCGGCUGCCGGGAAAUAGUAUAAACCAUGCGGUAGAAAAAGCGGAAGUUAUCCAUCUAAAUCCCCAGCCAACUGAACCACCUGUGAUCUUCAAAAUCCGUCCAAAAGAUAGCACUGAAUACGAGACUCACGAACAAGCCAGCGAAUUGGAAACCGCAAAGUUGCAAGCGCUUUUCCGGGAAUAUCUGCCACCGGGAAAACGUCGAUAGUCAACCUUCAAAUUCGAGGCUAGUGCCAAAGACUGCUUAAUGGUAAAUUAAAUUAAAAUACGUAGUAAAAAUCAUUCAAAGUGUCCAUUCACAUCUUA